AUGGUUUACCUUACAACCACAAGUCUCUUUCUGCAGGCCUUGUUUUACUCUGCUCUACGGUCUUCCCGUGAGAUGCUAGUUGUAAAUGAUGGAUCAAAGAAUUUGGUGAGGGCUAUCAACAACAGACUCAGUGCACUGUCAUUCCACAUUAGAGAAUACUAUUGGGUAGAUAUGAGAAAGAUCAAUGAGAUAUACCGGUAUAAAACAGAAGAGUAUUCUACAGAAGCCACCAACAAAUUUAAUAUUUAUCCUGAACAAAUUCCAUCGUGGCUCAUGGAUUGGAUACCUGAGGAAGGUGGAUAUCUGAUUGGCAAUCUGCAGCCAGCUCACAUGGAUUUUAGAUUUUUCACUCUUGGAAAUCUUUGGUCUGUUGUCUCAUCUUUGGGUACCCCAAAACAAAAUGAAGCUAUUCUAAAUCUGAUUGAAUCCAAAUGGGAUGAUCUAGUGGGAAAUAUGCCUCUUAAGAUAUGUUACCCUGCUCUGGAGUCUGAGGAUUGGCGUAUAAUCACCGGCAGUGACCCAAAGAACACCCCUUGGUCAUAUCAUAAUGGUGGGUCAUGGCCAACACUUCUGUGGCAGUUCACAUUGGCAUGCAUGAAGAUGGGUAGAAUGGAACUAGCUCAGAAGGCUAUUGCUUUGGCCGAAAAGAGACUUCAAGUUGACCAUUGGCCAGAGUAUUAUGAUACCCGAAGUGGGAAGUUUAUUGGAAAGCAAUCCCGACUUUAUCAAACAUGGACGGUUGCAGGUUUCCUAACAUCGAAAGUUCUCUUGGAGAAUCCAGAGAAGGCAUCCAUGUUGUUCUGGGAUGAGGAUUACGAUCUUCUUGAGUUCUGUGUUUGUGGGCUUAACACAAGUGGCCGGAAGAGGUGUUCUCGAGUCGCCGCCAGGUCACAGAUUCUUGUCUAGAAUGAUGCCAUUCUUUUAAAGGCAGAAUUUCUGUUACUGUACAGUUAUGUCACUACUAUAGACUGAUAAAAACAUUGAUUUACAACCACAAAAGAUACAAAGGUAUACCAGGAGCAGCAUCUUCACACAACUAGACCAUAGAUCCUGUUUAAUAAAACGUUAAUUAGCCGACUAAUUAGCUAAGUUGAUCGGUGUUGUGUUUUCAAUGACCUGUGGGACGAAAGCUUUUAUGGUUCUUCCCCUUGUCAUAUUCAGUUUGUAUAUUAUUACUUUGUUCUUGAUAAACACAUUUCUAAUUUAUCAAGCUAGGAUUUUCUUGGAAUUA